AUAAUCAUUUUUUUGUUUAUUCCAGAAAUUUUUUUUUUCCCUUGCCGCGUUCAACUCCAUGCUCUCCUUUUUUCUUCGUCCUGUGACUUGCCCACUCCAUUACUACUAACUAAUCGAUCUCAUAAACUUUUUUCUGAUCCCAUCGACGAUCCUACUGAAACCGAAUCACUGAUUCACUACAUUAUCUUCGGAAACGCUUCUGCAAGAAUCGUGGGCAAGAUAAACACUGUGCUAAUCCCUACUACAUGGGAUGGCUCAGCAUCACAACCACAGCCACCACCACCACCACUCAGCCGCCGCAGAUGGCGCAGUUUCUCAGCGAGUCAAUAGCCCUCGAUUCUCCGGUCCAAUGACUCGCAGAGCCACCUCUUUCAAACGUCAAAAUAACAACAAUAACAACAGGGACAAUGGUAGCGACCACAGCUCCCAAACCAAAGACAACAAUAGUAAUAGCUCUCACGAGAUUAAUGUUCAGCUGAACUCGCCCAGAUCUGAAAACUACUCGAAUGCGAACUCUGGAGAUGGGUUCGAUUCUUCGGUGGAAAAGAGGCAGACCCGUUUGGGGAAUUUGACUCAAAGAGUGCAUUCGAAGAGAAAGAUUGGAUCUUUUGGUAUGGACUUUGGGUUGGGAUUGGAGUUGAAGGGGAAGGUGAAGUGGGGGCAGUGGAUGUUUUUUCUGUUUUGCGGGCUUUGUUUGUUUCUGGGAAUUUUGAAAUUUUGUGUCAGUGGUUGGUUUGGAUCUGCAAUUGACAGAGUUGGGUCCAAUCAGGAUUUCUAUGACAAUCCAGACACUGCUUAUAAUGUGAGAGAUGAAGGGGCUCAUGACUAUGGAUAUCAAACAGGAGCUAAUGAAAAUGCAGGCAGAGAAAAUGAUAAUGACCGGACUCUAAUGACGGUACCUAGAAUGGCUGAUCAUUCAGGUAUAUGGGCCAAGCCAGAUAGUGAGAAUUAUAUUCAGUGCAUUGAUCAGUCAAAACACAAAAAGUUGGACGAAAAGACGAAUGGUUACCUUCUGAUAAACGCAAAUGGUGGCUUAAAUCAGAUGAGAUUUGGGAUCUGUGACAUGGUUGCUGUUGCUAAAGUCAUGAAGGCAACUCUUGUUCUUCCCUCCCUCGAUCACACUUCUUACUGGGCUGACGAGAGUGGCUUUAAAGAUCUAUUUGACUGGGAACACUUUAUUCAGACAUUGAAAGAUGAUAUUCACAUAGUUGAGGCACUACCACCUGAAUAUGCUGGAAUUGAACCGUUCAACAAAACACCCAUUUCCUGGUCUAAGGUCAGCUAUUACAAGUCAGAAGUUGCCCCACUUCUGAAGCAGCAUAAAGUGAUCUACUUUACUCAUACCGAUUCCCGGCUUGCCAACAAUGGUCUUCCAAACUCCAUACAAAAGCUAAGAUGCCGUGUGAAUUAUAGAGCUUUGAAGUACUCAACCCAAAUUGAAGAAUUAGGGAAAACUUUCGUGUCAAGAAUACGAUACAAUGGAAGUCCUUACCUUGCUCUCCACUUGAGAUAUGAGAAGGAUAUGCUGGCUUUCACAGGAUGCAGUCACAAUUUGACAGCAGAAGAAGAUGAGGAACUUCGUAAGAUGCGAUACGAGGUGAGCCAUUGGAAGGAAAAAGAGAUCGAUGCAGUAGAGAGAAGAAAGGUUGGUGGAUGCCCUUUGACACCCAGGGAGACGGCCCUUUUGCUUCAGGGGCUAGGAUAUCCAUCCAACACUAGGAUUUACUUGGUUGCUGGUGAAGCUUAUGGAAAUGGGAGUAUGCAAUAUCUCACGGAGAGCUUCCCAAAUAUCUUCUCCCAUUUGACUUUAUCAUCUGAGGAAGAACUAAAUCCUUUCAGAAAUCACCAGAAUAUGUUAGCUGGGUUGGACUAUGUAGUUGCUCUUGAGAGUGAUGUUUUUGUAUACACCUAUGAUGGUAAUAUGGCAAAAGCAGUACAAGGUCAUCGGCGCUUUGAGGAUUUCAAGAAAACUGUCAAUCCAGACAGGAUGAAAUUUGUAAAGUUAGUUGAUGAUCUUGAUGAAGGGGUAAUGUCCUGGAAAAAAUUCAGUUCUAAGGUAAAAAAACUUCACAAGGAUCGCAUUGGAGCCCCCUAUCCAAGGGAGCCUGGCGAAUUCCCAAAGCUAGAAGAGAGCUUUUAUGCAAAUCCGCUUCCUGGCUGUAUUUGUGAAAAAAACCACGAAAGAUAGAAGAGGUUCGACUCAACAGGUUUUGCUGAUUAGUUUCUGUAUUGAACACUUCAAAGGGCUGUUGCCAGAGACUGAUACAACGCUCCUUAAGGGUGAAUGGCUUAAAGAUUUGUUUGAAGUUCAUUUAGCCAACAUUUCAAGUGCAAACUGGAUCAGUGAUGACUUGCGCUCCUCAAGUUCAGCUAAAUUUGGCAGCUCAUCGCACAGUUCUGAAGCAUACUCUUCACCACACAAUACUUGCACAUUACAUUAAUUACACAUCCUGCAGCGGAUGACUUUUGGUAAUUGAUAUGUAAGUUGCUGACUUCCAUGUACCAAGUACAGACACUUGCAUGAAUUGGGAAAAUGGAAAACUCAUACAACUUAUUUUACUACCGCUGCUGGAUGCAGAAUAUGCAAUUGAUUGAUACUACAACUGUUCCUGAA